AUGGAUCCUGACUUUGAACCAGAUUUUGAAGAGUCGAUUGACGAAUCUUUGGAAGCUGAAUUUGACAUAGAUGCGCUAGUAGAUACCUUGAAUGAUGAUGACCGUAACUCCAACUUUGAGGAUCCCCCUGUAAAACGUCGAAAGCCUGAAAAGCUAACAUUACGGUGGAAAAAGAAGAAUUUAGAGCUGAAUGCACAGCAGCUAGCUUUUACUGGCAACGAGUCAUUGAGUUCUGAUAUCUUGGACCUUGAUACUCCAAUACAGUUCUUUCUUUUUUUAUUUCCACCAGAACUCCUAAAGAGAAUUUCGGAAGAGACAAACCUCUACGUGGUACAAAAAGAUCUAAACAGCACGUUUCGUGUAUCGGAGACAGAAAUGCGUCAAUUUAUAGGGGUAGUAUAUAUGAUGUCACUGAUCCAGCUACCCAGAGUGACCAACCACUGGAGUUCCGUCUUGGAUACACCUGUAAUUCAACAGACCAUGCCUUCUAAUAAAUUUGAAAAGAUUAAACAAUAUCUGCAUUUUAAUGAUAACACUAAAUGUCUACAUAGGACCCACCCUGAUUCCGAUAGGAUCUUCAAAAUUCGCCCAGUCGUUGAUGCCUUGAACGAAGCUUAUGGUAAAGUUCCAUUAGAAAAACAACUUUGUAUGGAUGAGCAAAUUUGCUCUACAAAAGCGCUAUGCUGA